AUGAACGAAAAGGAAAAGGAACUAGUCGACCAAGCCUUCAGACCAGCUGGUACGCGAUUCGUAUUUAUCUUCUCCACAUUACAACUUCUCCUCUUCUUGGCGUUUGUCGACCAGUUCUGCGUCUCUACCGUUCUACCAUUUAUCGGAGAGUCACUAGGUGUGGCAAAUCGGAUAUCAUGGGUUGGAACUGCUGCUAUCGUGACCACCAUUGGUAGUCAGAUGAUCGUAGCGAGGUGUAGUGAUAUCUUCGGUAGACGAAAUUCACUUACUGGGAUCCUCCUGAUUUUCAUUUUUGGUAAUCUGAUGUGCGGAUUCGCCCAAAAUGCAAUCUGGCUUUUUACCUGCAGGGGCUUGUCUGGAGUGGGUGCAGGUGGCAUUAUAAGUCUGACAAUGGUCUGCGUAGCCGAUAUUGUUCCCGUUCGACAAAGAGGGAAACUACAAGGCUACACGGGGUUCACUGUAGCUUUAGGUUCCGGAAUGGGUCCUUUGAUCGGAGCGGCGAUGGGCUCGAAGAUCUCUUGGAGAUGGGCCUUCUGGAUCACUCCUCCUUUCCUCGCACUGGCUAUCCCCAUCCUUUACCUAUCAUUGCCAAACUUCAGAAAACCCAAGGAAGAGACGACCUGGAAUCAGAUGAAGAAAGUCGAUUACAUCGGUAGUCUCCUGCUUUUCGCUGGCUCCAUCCUUAUCCUCGUUCCGAUCUCUGGAGGUGGUUCGAUCUUCCCUUGGCCAUCAGCAACAUGCAUAGUCCUCAUCAUUAUUGGGGUGCUACUGGUUGUGGCAUUUCUGAUGGUAGAACGUUUUCAGGCUGCCGUGCCUAUCCUACCACCCAGACUUUUCCAUCACAAGGAUGUCAACCUCAUCCUUUUAGCUACAGCGACACACGGUUGGAUCUACUAUGGAACCAUGUUCUUUGUACCAUUGUAUUUGCAAGAAGUCCUAGGUGUUUCAGCGCUGAGAGCAGGUGUAUUACUCCUUCCUAUGGUAAUUUCCCAAGGAUUAGGACUGGGUCUCGCAGGGAAGAUCUCAACGAUGACAGGAUACGUGAGUUCAAACACAUGA